CUCUUCCUGGUUGUCAUCGCAAAUCUACACUGUCACUUGUAUUGGUGACGAACGAUAAUGGAUUAUUACAGUUUAUUUACAAUAUAUUCAUGCCUUCUUUUGUUUGUUUCCAUACCAUGUGCAUACAGUAAUUAUGUUGAGACCAAAGCUGGACAGUUUUUUGGCAGUGGACACACUAACAACUGGGCAGUACUGGUCUGCACUUCUAGAUUCUGGUUUAAUUAUCGGCAUGUGGCGAACACGCUGUCAGUUUACAGAAGUGUUAAGAGACUGGGCAUUCCAGACAGUCACAUUGUUCUGAUGCUAGCCGAUGAUAUGGCCUGUAACUAUAGAAACCCCAAACCAGCUACUGUGUUUAGCCAUAAGAACAUGGAGCUCAAUGUGUAUGGAGACGACGUGGAGGUGGAUUACCGCGGAUAUGAGGUUACAGUUGAGAACUUCCUGCGUGUCCUAACAGGGCGUCUCCCUCCCAGUACCCCUCGAUCCAAACGUCUGCUGUCAGACGACCGCAGUAACAUUCUCAUCUACCUGACAGGUCAUGGUGGAAACGGCUUCCUGAAGUUCCAGGAUUCUGAGGAGAUCAGCAACAUGGAGCUGGCUGAUGCUUUUGAGCAGAUGUGGCAAAAGAGGCGGUAUAAUGAAUUGUUGUUCAUCAUAGACACCUGCCAGGGGGCCUCCAUGUAUGAGAGGUUUUACUCGCCCAACAUCAUGGCUCUUGCUAGCAGCCAAGUGGGGGAGGACUCACUUUCACAUCAGCCAGACUUGGCAAUUGGGGUCCAUUUGAUGGACAAGUACACUUUUUACUUACUGGAGUUCCUGGAGGAAGUCCACCCUGCCAGCCAAGCCAACAUGAAUGAUCUGUUUAAAGUGUGCCCACAAAGUCAGUGUGUCUCCACUCCGGGCCACCGUACUGACCUGUUCCAAAGGGAUCCGGGGAGUGUCCUCAUCACAGACUUUUUCGGAAGUGUCCGGAAAGUGGAGAUCACCAAGGACACAAUCAGUCUGACGUGUCCUGUAGAGUCACCAGUGCAGAGGUCUGGAAGUGGUGAUCUACAAAUUGAAACUUUUACGUAUGUGGACCAACUUCCAGUUGCUGAAAUUAUUCAUCAGAAACCCAAGCAGAAGGACUGGCACCCUCCUGAUGGUUUCAUUCUUGGGCUCUGGACUCUCAUCCUGCUGGUGUUCUUCCAGACCUACGGCAUCAAACAUCUCAAACACAUCUUCUGAUUCCACAGAGAUCAAAGAACCUGCCGCUUGUUAACUGACACCUUCAUAAAAGAUUCCACAUACAAUAUUGGUUCAUGAUAGGUUUGGUCAGAAAUAGCUUUUUAUUCAUUUUUGAUUCGUUUCUUUUGGUGGUUUGCUUUGUGUGUGUGUGUGUGUGUGCGUGUGAGCGUGCGUGUGUGUGUGUGUAUUUAAAUUAAUUUAAUUAUGACACACAUUUACAUUCAUCUGUAUUGUGUUGUUUCAGCUUAUUUUAGGCAAAUGGGACCCAAGAGCUAAAUUCAUUUUGAACCAAUGAUGUAAAAUGAUUUGAAAUACGAUGAAUGAUUUUGAAUGAUUUGACACGUUGAUUUGAAAUAAACGUGUCAGGAUUAUACGCUUAUACUCUUCUGGAGCUAAUUAAUCUCAAUCACAAGCAGAAUUUUCUGUUAUUUAUUGCAUUUCAUAUUCAACAACCGAACGACUGGUUUUAUAACAUUUACUAUUGACUGAGACUGAUCUCAGAAACAGCAUUAGCAAGGUUUUGGGUCACUUAGUGAAGCAACAAACAUUAAUUUUGUUAAUAAAGCUGCCAACACCCAAGCUACACUUCUUCAAGACGGCAACCUCAAAAACUUUCUU